AUGGCAUGUCAUGUAGUGUUUGAAAGUCCGGUUCGGUCCGGUUUUUUGAUGCCCAGGGGCGUUAACCGUAACAGUAACCGGUCUGCCUUUUCCCCAGAAGUCAAAAGACCAGACCGGACCGCAAAAAGACCGCAGACUGCGGUUUUUUGUGGUCUAUAG